AGAGAGACUCAAAACGUUGUUUUUUUCAGGUGGUCGAGGAACGUAGUUCAGCCACACUCAUUGCGAUUAUAAAGAAACAUAUAAGACCAGGCACUGCAAUCAUUAGCGAUUGUUGGAGAGCGUAUACUUGUUUGAAAGAUGAAGAUUUUGAACAUUUAACAGUAAAUCACUCUCUCAAUUUCAAAGACCCAUUUAGGCCUACAGGCGCCCACACCAACACUAUAGAAUCAUCGUGGGGGGCACUGAAGAGAUCACUACCCAAAACGGGAACAACCACUGACAUGUACUGUUCAUAUUUUGAGGAAUUGUGUGUGCGCAGAAAAUACUUAGAUCAAAGACAAGAUAAAUUUGAAGGUUUUCUGGAACUUAUUCGACGUGUUUAUAACCCACACGCUAGAGAUGAUGAAAUCAUCAUUCGCCGAAGGCCGCGAAACUUACCCUAACCCUAAAGAAGAUAAUAAAACGGGGAUCCAAGGGCUAAAGAAGUCAGUGUAAACAGGUAAGGAUACUUGUAGCGGCAGUUAAAUGGCGGCGAUAAUCGAGACGCCUUGGUUGCUAAGGAAGUAGUUCGCGCACAUUUUGUGACCUACUUGCGCCCCCUUUAAAAGAUGGCGGAAGGUAUCCGGUGUCAUGCAUUUCGCACACAACCAAGGGAUCAGUUGUUCAAUAAGGCUUUUCCUUUCUUCAGAAUCCCCGAGGAAUAUGGCUACUUCUCUCAAGAUUCUCGGAGACAGUUCCGGUCUGAUAGAAGUCAAAUACGUUUUUAUGUUCCGCCAGCAAAUAUUAAUCGGGUUAACUACGAUCUUACACAUGGGUGGUCCAAUUUCAUACGGAAGGAUGAAGAUAAGAAGGAAUAUCUUGACGACUUAAUCAAGUGGGUCGUUGAAAACAAGAUGAAAUUCCAAAUAAAAACAACAAAAACUAAAGAUGCAGAUCAAGACACUCAGUCACAAAGUAUCACAAGUCUUAAUACAGACUUCGUGUGUUGGCGGGGACUGCUGACCAGGCUUUUGUGUACACAAUAUGAGAGCCGGGACGGAUGGAUCAUUGCUGUCACAUUGUUCAAAGGGACAUACUAUUUAUGUGAAUUUGAGACAGAGGAGAAGAAACACCAGCGAGACACAACCACAGAGCGACAGGACCAGAUCUGUUACGGGGGGUGGAAGUUUGAGCAGUAUCUAACUUCAGAUGUUGAAGGGGGCAGCCCAGACACCAGCGUUCCGGUUAACAACAAUGAAGGAUUCUGCUCAGUGGUGAGAACCAGGCUGAAUAAACACUCACUAGUAUUCGGAGGAGAGGUGGACUGUGUUGAUCCGACGCUAAGCUCCAAGAACAAGUAUGUAGAGUUGAAGACAUCCCGAGAGAUGGACAAUCCGAGACAGAGGGAAAACUUUCACAGGUACAAGCUCAUCAAGUGGUGGGCCCAGAGUUUCCUUGUUGGGAUUGAGAAGAUCAUCUGUGGAUUCCGAGAUGAUGAUGGAAUAGUUCACAGGCUUGAGGAGUUCCCAACACUAAAAAUACCUGACAUGGUGAAGGGAAUUCGGAAUCCAUGGAAUGCAGCCGUGUGCUUCAACUUUCUUGACAAGUUCCUUGAUUUUGUCAAGCAGACAGUUACCACAGAUGAUCCAAGAGUUGUCUAUGUGUGUAGAUGGCAACCGAGGCAGGAUGUCAACUGUGAGAAAAUGGCACCCAACUCGGAGUUUGUCUUUCUUCCAGACUGGUUCACCCAUGAUGAAGUCUGGGGUUGAAAGUGGGGUGGUGUAACACCAACUGUGUCAGGACAAUGAGAUAAUACUAAUGGAAAAUAGAGUAAACCUGUUUGGGAGCAGGAAGUGAUUCUCACUUUGCCAGCAGCUAUUGUUCUAGUUUAAAAAUCAGUAGCCCAUGAUAAUCCCUACAACAAUGGGGAUUAACACUAUAGACUGUUUCACUUUCACUGACUGACUAAAGCCAGACUACAGCCUGUGUAGGUAGAUAUAACACAAAACAUGUAUGUAGUAGUAUAGGUUUUUAUUAAUUAUUAAUUAAAAAUUACAUUUAUGUACAGAUGUACACAUUUUCAAGACAAUAUAAUAUAGCUUAAUAUCUGUUAAGCUGAACACAGUUCACUUCAUUAGUUAAGUUUGGCUCACAGUGGGUCACAGCUAAGUCAUCAAGGAGCUCAGAUAAUCAGAACAGGCUAUAGUUGGCAAGUCACAGGACUGUACAUGUUAAUCUCCCCAGCCUGCUGGCAAAGUGAGAGUAAACCAUUUUAUCAUGAGUGUUGCGUGUAUUGUUUUACUCAUUAUCAGCAAUGUCACAACUAUUUUACAACUAUUUUACAACUAUCUGUAUAUAGGGAGGCUCUGUUGAUUGAUUUGUUAAACUCAACCAACUUGAUGAUCUAUCUGUUUGUGCCCAUCAUUGAUAUAAUUGAAUGUGGAUACAAUUCUUUUAAUUUGUACAUAAUAACAUUAGGAGAAAUAAACUCAUUCAUCAUCAUUAUCCAACCAUUUCUGGAAUAAUAGUCUUGAAAUAUCAAAUCAAAUCAUUUGACUCAUAAUUACUGGAAAAUUCAGACAAAAUAGGACAAAUGAUUAUGAUUCAUGAUUGAUGGGUUAGAAUCGAUUUGGACCCGUGAAGAUCUGGGGUAAAAUAGGUCUUCAGCAACCCAUGCAUGUUGUAAAAGGCGACUUGGUCAGGCUCACUGACUUGGUUGAUGCAUGUCAUCGUAUCCCAAUUGCGUGGAUUGAUGUUCAUGGUGUCAAUCACUGGAUUGUCUAGUCCAGACUCGAUUAUUUACAGCCCACCAUCAUAUAGCUGGAAUAUGGCUGAGUGCGGUGUUAAAACAACAAACAAACAAAUGGAACUGAAUUGUGAACAUUGAGUAACUGAUUCCUAACACUGCCUGUAAAUACUGCCUGUAUACAAGAGCAGCCAUCCACACCAUUGAUGUACAAUGCACACCAUCUGCCUGGUCAGACAAUAUAACAGGUUGUCCAAUUGUAGCCGAUCGCCUCUUUGUUGUAAUCGAUGGGGUAUCUUCCCAGAGAGGGGAAGGUUGAUAGUUUGUUCACUGGCCCAUCAUACCAAAAGAUGUUAAAAGAUGGUUCUUGUGUUACCCUGCCUUGGCAUUAAGGAGAGACUGGACUUGUUGGCUCGGAGUCAGUUUAGUGUGUCUGAGUUUGGUAUCCAUGUUAAACUGUGGCAUGGUAUCUCAGUUGGCGAGCUUGUACUAAUACAAGCUAAAACACACACACACACACACACACACACACACACACACACACACACACACACAC